AUGAAUUCCAUUGGACCCGGAAAUGAUAAUGAUACAUUGGAAGAAUCUUUUGAGUCUUCCAAUAUCAAUAGGUUUAUUGUUCCGCUCCUGUAUCUUCCAAAAGGAAAAAAGAUCUCCGAGAGCUCUUUCCUGGACCCAAAAGAGAGUACUCGGGUUCUCCCAAUAACUAAAAAGUGUAUCAUGCCUGAAUCUAACUGGGGUUCGCGGUGGUGGAGGAACUGGAUCAGAAAAAAUAGAGUUUCUAGUUCUAAGAUAUCUAAUGAAACCGUCGCUGAAAUUGAGAUAUCAUUCAAAGAGAAAGAGAUCCAAUAUCUGGAGUUUCUGUUUGUAUAUUAUAUGGAUGAUCCGAUCCGCAGGGACCGUGAUUGGGAAUUGUUUGAUCGUCUUUCUCCGAGGAAGAGGCGAAACAUAAUCAACUUGAAUUCGGGACAGCUAUUCGAAAUCUUAGCGAAAGACUGGAUUUAUUAUCUCAUGUUUGCUUUUCGUGAAAAAAUACCAAUUGAAGUGGAGGGUUUCGUCAAACAACAAGAGGCUGGGUCAACUAUUCAAUCAAAUGAUAUUGAGCAUAUUUCCCAUCUCUUCUUGAGAAACAAGCGGGCUAUUUCUUUGCAAAAUU